AAUACCCCCCGCGGGCGCGGGGUGCGCGCAGAGCUGCCAUGAGACGCGGCGCGGCCCGGACCCUGCUGCUCAACAUGUACCUGCCAGAUUCCGUUGGGGAAACUUUCUUCAAAGAAGGCAAAAACCAGACGUGGGGCUCGCUGGGGCCCGGGGUUCAGAAAGGCAGUGGGCAAAUCCAGCUGUGGCAAUUCCUCCUGGAGCUGCUUUCGGACCGGGCCAACCUCAACUGCAUUGCCUGGGAGGGCACCAAUGGCGAGUUCAAACUGCUGGAUCCCGAUGAGGUGGCCCGGCGCUGGGGCGAGCGCAAGAGCAAGCCUAACAUGAACUAUGACAAGUUGAGCCGGGCGCUUCGCUACUAUUAUGACAAGAACAUCAUGACCAAGGUUCACGGCAAGCGCUAUGCCUACAAGUUUGACUUCCAAGGCCUGGCCCAGGUCUGCCAGCCAGCCACGCCUGACCACACCUUGUACAAAUUCCAGGCACCCCUUCCCUUCUCUGGCAUCUCCAAACUCAACAUCAUGGCUUCAGGAGUGACCCCAACCAGUUUCUCCUACUGGCCAGGCUCUGCCCCCACCCUGUACCCCAGUCAUGGCUUGCAGGCUUCAGCGCCCUUCAGCACCAUGGCAACAUCCCACAUCAACAAUAUGAACAGCCAUUACCACUAGACCUCUCGUGCUUCCGUGGGGUGUGGUGGGGAGCUGGGAAAAUAGUUUGACCCCCUAGAUUUCCGCUUAAGACAUUUCCAAUGCAGUGAAAGAGAUAUUUAUUAGGUUCACCCAUUGUGCUAAAACACAAGGUGGUUUGCCUGGUUUUGGUUUCAUGUAUUACAUGAAACCAGCUAUUAUGAUAUGUAAAUAAUGGUUUGUGACAUAGAGCGAUGUGUUAAUCCAGCCACUGCAACUUACUCAACGAACACUGGUGAAACAGA